AUGGCGAUUUUCGGCGAUCUUAGAGUCACACCAUCUCUUCCACUCUAUCGCUCUCACAGUCUCCUUCCAACCACCUCUUUCCUUCCUCAAAAGGUGGACUUUCAUUGUUUCUUAAAUGGAGGAUCCAGCAGAUCUGAAUUCACUCCAAAACAUUCUACCAUGGCCACUGUACGAAGCAAUAUGCGUGGAUAUUGCAAGCCAGUAUUUGCAGUCCUUGGAGGUCCUAAAUUUUCAUCGAAGUCAGUUAGCCAAGAAGCCGAGAACGUUCUCCUUGGUGCUGUUAAUAUGAGUUUCUUUGAGCGUUUAAAUUUGGCUUGGAAUAUAGUUUUCCCAUCAGCAGUUGCUAAGAGAAGCUCCAAUGCUGGGAUCGCCAAGAAACGUUUGAAAAUGGUUUUAUUCUCCGACCGAUGUGAAUUAAGUGAUGAGGCAAAGCGAAAAAUCGUUAAUAACAUAGUGGACGCCCUAUCAGGUUUUGUGGAAAUUGAGUCGCUGGAUAAUGUUCAGUUGAGUGUCUCUGCAGAUACAGAUCUUGGAACCAUUUACUCUGUUACAGUGCCUGUAAGGCGGGUUAAGCCAGAAUAUCAAGAGGUGGAUGAAGCUGGGACAAUAACAAAUAUUGAGUAUAAGGAUACUGGAGAUAUUUCAGGUUCUGUUGAUGUUAGAUUUGAUUUUUCUGUUCCAGAUGAAACGUCUUGA